AUGAAGACACAAAACAUCCUGGCUCUCAAUUUGAUCCUUCUAGCUGGUGUGGUUUGCCAUCCAGCUGUUCAGAAGGAGAAGACAGCAGGUGUCCGCAAGCUCCUCCUGAUCUCCUUUGAUGGCUUCCGAUGGAAUUAUGAUGAGGAUGUAGAUACUCCCCAUUUGGAUUAUCUGGCUAAGGAAGGCGUGAAAGCAAAAUACAUCACACCUCCCUUUGUGACCAUGACUUCGCCUUCGCAUUUUACAAUUAUCACAGGUCGCUGGAUUGAAGAUCAUGGAGUCAUCCAUAAUAUGAUGUUCAACACGGAAACUCUACGGAAGUACGGCUUUAAAAAAACCCAGAACAAGACCGAAUGGUGGGACAACGGAGUUCUUCCCCUCUGGAUCACAGCUCAAAAUCAGGGGAAGAAAUCUGCCUCUUUUCACUAUCCAGGGGGCAACGCCAACUACAGUGGUCAGUCAGUCAUGAGAACCUUGGCAGAAUCCUUCACUCACCCAGACAGCAAUGAGACCGAGUGGAGAGAGAACAUUGACAUCGUGAUGAACUGGUUUGCUAAAGAAGAUUUCGAUUUUGUCACACUUUAUUAUGGGGAACCUGACAAUACUGGACACUUCGUUGGGCCAGAGACCGAGGCCAGGAAAAAAAUAAUCCGACAAAUUGACCGAACCCUCGGCUACCUGCUCAGUGCCAUAGAAAAACACGGGUUGAAAGAUACCCUCAAUGUCAUCAUUACAUCUGACCAUGGCAUGACCACUGUCAAAAAGAAACCGGAGAUCCACGAGAUCUUGUUAAACGAUACCAUCCAAUUCAAAGAUCUCGUGAAGUUUGACAUUGUUGAUUACGGAGGGUUUGGGAUGAUCCUACCCAAACAAGGGAAAGAGGAAGAAAUUUACCAGAAAUUGAAAAAGGCCCACCCUCAUCUGCAUGUCUACAAAAAGGAAGAGUUUCCUGAACGCUUCCACUAUGCCAAGCACGAGCGCGUGUUACCGAUCCUGCUCUACGGGGAUCCUGGUUACGUGAUCAAUGGGAGGAUUAUUAUCUACGUCAACAAAGGGGACCACGGUUUCGACAACGAAGACAUGGACAUGAAGACCAUCUUCAGAGCUUUUGGUCCGGAUUUCAAGAAGGGGUAUUUAGCCGAACCUUUUGACAGCAUCCACAUUUAUCCCCUGAUGUGCAAGCUCCUAGGAAUCCAGCCAGAACUGAACAAUGGCUCCUUGGCAUUGACUGAAGACAUGCUAAAGUCGUCAGCAUCUGGCAAACGCAUUGUUCCUCUCCUAGGUUUUGGGACCAUCAGCCUGCUCUUUCUCCUGAUGACCAUCUAG